AACAGAGUGGAGGAGAUCAUCGAGAUGUUCACUCCGGCACCAGAUGGGCUCUACAGCUACAACAGGACCCAUCUCCCCUUUGGUCGCCCAGCGGUCAUGUUUGGGACUCGGUACAGUCUUCUCCAUCAUCUGGAGUUCAUCAGUGGAUACAGCAAAGAACUGGCCAUGCCACUCUGGACGGCGUACACUCUGCCUCGGCAGGAGGACCCUACUUCAUUACCAGAGGUUUCAGCAAAUGUUAACUGUAUUCGAAUCGACCCAAGAGUUUCCCCCGAUUACAGUCAGAGCUGCACAGCCUACCAACAGAACAACCACCUGACCCACGGCUUCCUCUUCCCUCCUGAAUUAGCCACAUCUCCAAAUUCUAGAUAUGAAGCUUCUCUCAUCACCAACACUGUCCCCAUGUAUCCAGCGUUCAAAAGGAUAUGGAAUUACCUGAAGGUGACGCUGCUGAGACCUUAUGCAGAGGAAAACAAUGGCGUCAAUAUUCUCUCUGGACCUAUUUUUGACAACGACCACGACAGCCUUCGAGACACCACGGAGAAAAUUAAAGCGUUCUCGGUCGACUCCCCACCUGUUCCCACACACUUCUACACUAUUGUGACGAGUUGCCAGGAGGUGAAUCAGACAGUGGAGGAGUGUGAUGGAGCAUUAAAGGUCUUUUCCUUCAUCAUUCCUCACAGGCCAGACAACAGUGAAUUCUGCAACAGCGCUGAGGACGAUUCCCAGUGGGUGGAAGACCUGCUGAAGCUCCACACAGCUCGAGUCCGAGAUAUAGAAAUCUUGACGGGCCUGGACCUUUACCGAGCUACAAACCUCACAUACACCAGCACUCUGAGCCUCAAAACCUACCUACAUACCUUUGAGGAAGACGAUUAAAUGCACAGAGACAUACAGGGAGUGGCCCCUUGUAAGAGGCCCUGCAUUUCCCACUUCAUGUUCUCUGGACAGAUGGUGCAAAGUUGUUCUACUUCUAAAGGAACUGCCCAAGACGUGCUUUAAAAACAGAUUUUUUUUUGACAAUUAAAACAAUUAAAAAAGGUUUUCUUGAAGAUCAUAAUCUCUUUAUUACUAAUACACCAUUUUGGAAAGCAGUGCAGUACUGGAAUAUGUUGAAGUUUGGUCCAAAACUUUCAGAACACAUUUUAUCAAUACAGUUAUCUCCAGUACACAUAA